AUGUGCGGAAACAACAUCGAAACCUACCGCUGCGGCCACAGCAUCUUCGCCGGCAUGAACUUAUGCACCAAUUACUUCAAACUCACUCCUGACAAAACCCCACUCUGCGCGGGCAUCAACGCAAGCAGCCACCAGAUGAACAUAGUCCGUCGGCAUUGGAGUCUCUGUCUGGACUGUUGGGAAGAAUCCAAAGCAGCCAACCACAGCGCCCUGCGUGCAGCAGGAACAAAAGAUAACAGCAGCGCCCACGUAGAAGCCAAAAACGACUACAGCCAUAACAACAACAACAACAACAACAACAACAACAACAACAACAACAACAGCGGCAACAAGAAUCCAGAGAGAGAGUUGGACGAGUCAUGGAGAAAAGAGCGAGUUGAGGAUGAUGAUGCUCCUGAAAAGCUAGUUAAGGACGAGAGUGGAGUAAGAUGGGAGAAGAAACGUACCCGUCAGAGGGACAUACAUGAUGGGGAGAAUGCGGAAAGAGGAGGAGGAGGAGGAGCGGGGACCGGAUUGGGAUGA